GGCUUGCCAGGUGUCCGGCUUUAGCCGGACAUGUUAGGCUUUUUGCAGUCGCGUCCGGCCAAAUAUGUACGUGUUUGGCCUGUCCGGCUUUUGUCAGGCUUUUUGUCAGAGUGGCGAUUCGUACGACGAUGGGCGGACGAGCGCCCGACCCGAACGGACAAGGGCGAGCGGAGAGCAAACUAUCUUCCGGCCCGCGAUUCGCGCCGCGCCGCGCGUGGCGUGCGUGAGCGUGGUUACCCCGCCCCGCUGCUCGCACCGUCCGCAGACAGGUUCGCGCCCGUUAGUCUGCCCUAGGAACGCGUGGCGUUUGCGCGUGCUUGGCGUGUGUUCACGUACAAUUAAGUAUUUCAGUUAGCGGCGACCGUAUUUUUGAUCUCUCUAUUAGUCAUGUCGAAAAGAAAAUGUAUAUUUUCUGACAGUUUAAAAAGUCAAUACAAGAUGUUCAAAUCUGGCAAAGAGCCAUGGGACGCAAAAUGUGUAAUUUGUGAUCAAAUAAUUUCCAUUGCUAAUAAGGGCAAAGCUGACUUAGAAAAGCAUUUAAAUACCGAAAAACACAAAAUGAAGAUUCGUAGUACGGCAUCUACAUCAAGAAUUGAUAUUUUCAUGGAAUCCAAUGCGAACUUAAAUCUUCAACGGAGCGUUCGGGCCACAGAAGCUACUCUGGUUUAUCAUACCGUUAAACAUCACGAAUCAUUUAACUCACUAGAUUGCACAGCUCCACUUUGCAAGAGUAUAUAUCCAGAUUCGAAAAUCGCAAAAGAUGUAACCUGUUCCCGCUCAAAAGCUGAAGCUAUCCUAAAAAAUGUUUUAGGCCCAUUUGCCCAAGAAAAUAUGUUAAAAGAAGUGUCAAAAAUCAGAUACUUGAGCGUCUCCACAGAUAGUAGCAACCAUGGUGCUAUUAAGCUAUUUCCUGUGCUUAUACAAUAUUUCAACCCUGAAAAGGGAGGAAUUCAAGUUAAAUUACUGGAGCUACAGGCCUUACCGAACGAGACUGCUGAAACAAUAUCCACUUACAUACACACCAUUUUGACGGACAAAAACUUAUUGGAUAAAUUAAUAGCUUUUUCAGCGGACAACACCAAUACUAACUUUGGCGGUAGAGAGAGAAGUGGGACCAACAGCGUCUACAGUAGACUCAAAUCAGCUACUCAAAACGAUGAUAUGGUCGGUGUUGGAUGUAUUGCACAUAUCUUCAGCAAUUCCGUACAUCACGCAAUCGAAUCUUUACCAAUCUGUGUAGACAGCAUAGUGAUGCAAAUGCACAACCAUUUUGCCAGCUUCACAGUUCGUACUGAAGCUUUAAAAAAAUUUUGUUCAGAAUUGGAAAUUGAUUUUAAACAAGAAUGA